CUUGAGGCGACAUUAUGGGACUGUUGGCGGACCAGUUUAUGAAUGUAAGCCAUAACAGUGUGUGCACAGUACCGGGAGCCUGAAACUAAAGCAGGUGAGCGAGGGAGGCAACAUAAUUAAAGCUGCCACCUUUGUCCCGACCCUUCUUCAUAUAGCCUGAACACUGGAGCAAAGCUCAACAUCAGACUAAUCUUCUCCUUGUCAACGCCAACAAUUGCAGUCAUGAAUGUAGGUAUCUGUGUGUGUGUUCUCCUGGCUGCUCUGUCCAGUGGUUCCCUGAGUCUGCCCUCACAGUCAAUGUCACAGAGAGCUGAUGGUGAGACUCUGGUGUCAGACAGCCUACCUGCCCCUUCACCCAACCACACACGCCAGGUCCGCUCAGCUCCAGCGCUCCCCUCAGGGCAGCUUGCCAACUACAACCAACCCCGGGAGGAGGCAGACGCUCGAAACAGCCUGAGCCAGCUACUGGCCAGACUGAUCUCCAGGAAAGGCUACCAAACCAGAUCCUCCAUCACCAGCAGAGCCAGUGGUCUCUCCCCCAGCCACAGGAUAAAGGACAGAGAUUACCUGGGCUGGAUGGACUUUGGGCGGCGUAGUGCGGAGGAGUACGAAUACUCCUCAUAAAGGCAUGGCAAGCUUUCUCCAAACCCUGAGUUGCAACCCCCAACACCGCCAAUAAAAGCCCAUAUAAAUAA